AUGGAGUCUCUGCUGGUCUGGGUGAUCCUGCUCGCUCUCAGUGGCUUACAGAACCAUGCAGCUGUCGAUCCAUCAUCGACCAUCCAGGUGAGGCUUGGAGAGAAUGCCACCCUGCAGUGCCCUCUGCUGGACACCUCCAAUUUCACCAUGCUCACCACCACCACUGCCCCCACCACCCUCAGCUGGUACAGGAAAGCACCAGGACAGGGACCACAGCUUCUUGUCUCCUUCAGGUCUAUGGAUAGACUCAAACUGAAAUACGGAAACGGUGUUCCCCGCAGUAAAGUCUCUAUAGCGGCCGAUGGCUCACUGGUGGUGCAAGGAUCCAAGCAGAGCGACUCGGCGGUUUAUUACUGUGGAAUCAGCCGGGGAGAUGACCGGAAGAAGGAACCAAGGCUACGGACCCGCAGAAGGAAAUAA